AUGGGUUAUCCACAUUUCGCACCGACUCUCCUCUGGAAUUUACCUCUCCCAAGCGAACUAGGUGUUAAGAAGCCGGCAAAUAUAUUCGCAUUCUCCCUGGACGAUAAGUUCCUUUUCACUUUACACGAAGAUCAGGGUGGUAUAUUGUGGGAUCUUACUACCACUUCUUUGCCUCGAAAGCUGGAAUUCGGUCAGGAUAAUCCUAGCUCAAAACAUCCUAUCAGGGCUGCCGCAUUAGAUGGAAAUAAUGGACUCAUAAUAGCUUUUGGUCUCACCCAUCCCGCUGAAUAUUAUAAUAUUCCUAAGGAUGGCACAUUAUUAAAAUUAGCGAACUACGUCCUUCCAGUGGCGAACGACGUCAAAGUCUCCAGAGAUGGCAGCGUAUUCGCGUUCACGACAGGGGCUACCGUGGAGCUAUGGGAUGCACAUAGCUUUCAGGAGGUUAAAGUUCUCAUACCGAAUGUUGAAACUCGUAACCAGUUUGAAAAGGUUGCUCUCUCUCAGGAUAAUAAAUAUGUUGCAACAAUCGAUUCCGAAGGUCAAUUCUUCGUUUGGGGGCUGGACAAUGAUUUCCACAAGGUCUCGCAGAAUAGUGAGGUUGGCAUAGACCUGGGGCAAGGAUGGAUUCCGUCGAGUAUUGGCUUAAGUGAACACAAUUUCGUGAUGGCUGCCCUAAGAAAGCGAACGACUUUGGGUCAGGACUCCUGGAUGCUAAUGUCGUGGGGCUAUAAAUACGAAGGGCCUGACAAUACGCUAUAUGCUAAAGAAUACCCAAACUGCGCGCUAACCUGCGUCGCGCCCAGCACUGUGUUUAGUGUUUCUCUAACCCCGGAGGGCCAUUUGAGAGGGAGCGAUAGCAUGCUCUGGCCGCUAUUCUCGACUGAGCAGGGUGCCAGUAAAAAAGGCAAGGCCGUAUCGUGUGGAAUAUCCGAAAGCAGUAAAGUUUUCGCUGCAGCUAGGACUAACGGUCGCGUAGCUGUAUGGCGAUUAUAUACUCAAGACGCAGAUCCUAACGAGCGGUAUCCGGGAUAA